GCUUUGUUCUUUCAAUAGAACAACUCAUUUACACGAGCCAUUCUUUACAUAUCCAUCUGCUCCUUACCUUCUUACCAUCACCAUCACCGUUUACGGAGCCGCCUCUCUUUUCAUCGCCACGAUGAACAACGAACAGGACCACUUGCAUUCGACAACGCCUUUAUCUCUAAGUCUACAGCCCAGCAUUCUUGUAGCCGCUGCCACCCUCGUCCUUGCUGGAUCAGCCGUCUUCUUGAAGUCCAAUCUGCGUAUUGGGAACCUCAGGUUGCUGCCUAAAGGGCUUGAAAGUGACGCGCAAAGUGCUUCAGAAGAUCAACACGAGCCAUACGAUAUCCAUGAAGACAGUAAUUUCAACGACGCCUCAAAACUCCAGACUUCGAGGUCAAAGGAACGUCGGAAACGGAGAAAGGACCCAAUGAAAGAAUUGACAAAAGGGGGCAAGAAAGCGAAAGAUCUGGCCAAGCUGUUGAAGCAUGUCGACUUGCCCGGCCCCAGUGACCCGUCCUCGUCAUCAGUUCCAAAUUCAGGAUUACAUUCUGACUUUGUGCCAGCACAAGCACCACAGGAACCGUCAUCGAACUCCAUUACUUCCAACCGCAAUCGUAGUGGUUCCCAUUCUGAAUCUGGCACUCGUGACUUUUCGGCAUCGCUUUCUUCCAGGUCUGUUUCUAUCUGUUCCGCUGCGGGAGCCUCUGCACGAAGCGGUCAAUCCGGAGAUGACCACGAAGAACAGGAUCAGGAGGAGGAGAUACCGCUGACGGCAAUGCCUCCUUCACCUGCGCUUCCCCCGGAAAUGAAUCAUGGGCACUCUCCAUCCACGUCGUAUGGCAGCACACCAUCUCAUGCCAUCUCCAUGUUUUCUAUGAGCUAUGCUGAUACAACAGAUACAUCGGUUCAAUCCGCGAAGUGCCUUGACUUGAAUCCCGCUCUGGACGAGGAAAGAUUUGAGUCCAUUCCUUCCUCUAACACCCCAUUGCCCAAAUCAACUUCCAAGAAUAUCCGACGCAAGAAUGGUAACAACGACAAAAAUAGUAGCCUUGAUAAUUUCGCCACCAAUAAACUCAAUAUUACUCAUGGGACUGAUGUAUCACCUGCUAUACUCACCUCAUCGCAGUCAAUGCCUUCCAGCUCUUCAUAUACCCGAUCUGACCAAUCGAAGGAUACUAUUGAUAUCUCAUCCUCCACGCUUAACGUGAUCUCUGCUCCCUCCCGGGCCGGGCAGGUAACAUCCUCAUCUGGAGUAGGAUUUUCAACCUUGAUGCCGAUCCAUGAUACAUCCCGCGCUUCCAGUUCCACGUCGAAACCAGAUUCUGAUUACAUGGAUGGAGGGCACGUCGAGAAUGGGGAUCAUUCCACUUCGUUGACUCCAUUUAGCUUUCCCACUUUAAAUGGAACUUCAGGCUCGGGCUCCACACACGACUCCGCCCCCGGUUCGAGCAAAGCUAGUUCUAGCGCUGGAUUCGGUACACCUCCACCCGGUAGCCCUAAUUCCACUAGCCUGUCCACGCAAACACAAAUCGCAUCAUUACGGGGAGCGUUGGAGGCCUCUAGAAAGCGAGAAGAAGAAGCGAGAGGGAGAGAUGAAAGCACACGAAGCGAAUUAGAGAGAUUAGGGAACGAGCUCAAGGUGUUGCGCUGGGAGGGAAAUGUUUGGAGGCGAAGAGAAGGAGAGCUUCAGGCGCAAAUUCAUCAUCUCGUGCAUCAGAUCCAAUCUUAUGCAGUCUAUUUUGCACCACCUCAACAAUUCUCCCCCCAAUUGCAGAAUCUCGCUAUUCCACAGCCACAGCGAACUGUCGGGAAAUAUUCAAAAGGAAAACGCCCCCAGAAGCACAGCCAAACUUCACCGACGUCUUCACGAUCCACCUCCAAGUCGUCACGACCGUCUCAUAGCUCUCAUGCCUCACCCAUCCCACCUUUAGCCCAACUUCCCGAAAGACAGGCCACGACUCAGGGGUCUUCAUCUUCACCCGUGGGAUCUCCUAUCAUUCCUCCAAGUAGAAUGUUCUCCCCUCCUUCGACGUUUUCACCAGGACCUUCUACACCAUUCCUUCCAAAUCCGCAAAGCAUAGGGCCCUUCUCUCCAUCAUCGUCCUUCGGCAUGUUUUCACCCACAGGUGCUUUACCUGGAGGUAUGCCUUUCGCGAGCCCGCAUUUAGGUUCCACGGGCAUGAUGUCUCCGCUUAGUCCACACUCACCGUAUCUUCCAUACCCAACCUAUGCUACUUUUGGCGGAUUCUCCCAAGGCCAGAACCAAGCUAACGGGAGUGGAAACCCUUCUAACGGAGGAACGAUGCACCCGAUGCAGUUCUUGAACAUGCUGAAUAACACCGGAAAAGGGAAUGGUGCUAGCGCCGGUUCGGGUACGGAACCAGGCGGUGCCAUGAGCACGUUGUCUACAAUGUCGUCGUUGGACUCUGUGACUACGGAUUCGACCGACUCGAUGUCGCCGGCAAUGACGUCGUCUCCGAGUCCGGCCCCUGGAACGUCGAGAGAACGAGGAAGAAAAAGAGGACGGGGUGUAGCUGGUACCGGAAAUAGCGACCGUAUCCUGGGUGGGUAUGGUCCUGAAUACCAGUACGGCUACUCAUACGGUUACCCAUACCCGUAUUCCCUACCAACAUCGUAUCAGGUGUAUCCCGGAACCGCGUCGCCCAAGGGAGAAAUCGGAAAAGAGGGUGAGGGACCUGGUGAGAACAAGAACAACUAUGAUUCUGAUCCUGAGCAUGACAUCGAUGGGGAAGUCAACGAGCUACUGGCCGGGUCUAUCUUAAAGCGACCUGAGAGUAUGGUGGGACUGAGAAGGUCAGGCUCAGGAGGAUCUUCGAAAUCCAAGGCUAAGGAAAAGCUGCAAAUGUCUCCGAUGAAAGACGUGGGAUUUGGCAAUGAAGUGAGAGAUGGACAACAGUUUUCUGAUGAUGGCCUGAGUGUUGCAUCGCCGAGUUCUGACUCGGGAGUAAGGUCAGCUCUGGGACUGGAAUGGCUUCGUGACCCGGGGCUUUUCCGCCGGGAGUCUUCUGAAGCAAUCUCAACUCAACGACCUACGCCUGCAUUGGAAGCGAUACCCAUGUCCAUGCCGAGCUCUCCUCCUCCAUCAAGGCUGCCUUUCACCUCGACAACCACUCCAAAUGAAAUCGAUCUUGAUGCUGAUAUAUACUCGUCUUCAUCAUCCUCAUCGAACAAGUCGCUCUCCGAGUCAGCAUCCACGGAAUCGUCAGACUCUGCAGCAGAGACUCCACCGAUCGAGUUCACGUUUCCUUCGAUAUCAACUUGGGGCUAUUCAUAUCGUACUCAUUCUGCUGGGGAUCCAAACGGCCGUGAACAAGCUUUGCGUACGAGCACGGACGUCGAAGCAACUGAAGAUCCAGUAUUGGAGAAACAAGCGACGACUAUGACGUUGAUUCAUGACACGGAUAUAGAGGAAGAGAUCACGCCGCCAGCGGACAAAUUGAAUCCAAUGAGUAUCGAGUCCGAACCCGCCUUAUCCGAUACUACGUUUACCGUUACUCCGAAUAAUGUCAAGAACGUCCACGAUGGGACUACACCCGCGGAAUGAAAUCUUCACUUGACCUCACGGCUCUAUGAAGAAAGAGCAAAAAGACACCACAACGAAAUGAUCUGGCACCACCCAAAUUAUCUAAUUUUCUUGGUUCAUUGCAUGGCUCAAGCUCAUAAUGUAUUAACUCAAAUUGAUUGUUCAGUCUCUCGAAUCCUGAAAUUCUCUUGACAAAAGAUUUACCACUGACUUAUUGCAUU